AUGGUUUAUGACAAGCAGGUCAGUCAUAAGUAUCCGACGGCGGUCACCGCAGAGAUAGUCGCGGCGAACUCGAACUCGCUGGACCCGGAAGCGACGGGGAUGCCGCUGGACGUCGACCUGCCGCCGACUCUGCCGAUGAACUUCCGGACCGAAAAUUCGACGAUGAUCUCCGCGCAACUCGGCUCCACAGCGUUGCUCCCGUGCGACGUCCAAAACCUCGGCGACGGAAUGGUGUCGUGGAUCAAGUGGAAGGAGGUCCAGAAGUUACUGACCGUCGGUCUGAAAACGUACGCCAACGACGAGCGGUUCCAGGCGACUCAUUUCCACCACAGCGAGGAUUGGACGCUCCAAAUAAAAUACGUUCAGUCGAGGGACGCCGGAUUGUACCAGUGCCAAGUGUCUACCCAUCCGCCCACCAGCUUGUUUCGGCUCUUUACCCGCGUUCUGGAGGCGAGAGCAGAGAUAGCUGGGCCGGCGGAGAAGUUCGUGAGGCCGGGCAGCACCCUGAAGCUCCACUGCCUCGUGAAAAACUCGACCGAGACGCCAUCCUACUUGUUCUGGUACCAUAACUCCCGGAUGAUCAACUACGACGUCGACCAGGGGGUGAACGUCAGCACCGAUCUGAUCGGCAGGGAGAGCUGGCUGGAGGUGCCACGCGCCUCCGAUCGGCACUCCGGAAAUUACACCUGCGAGGCGAGCAAGGCGAGCAAAGCCCGUGUCCUGGUGCACGUGUUCAAGGGAGAUAAUCCCGCCGCCAUGCAGCACAGCAUCGCGUCCUCGCCAUCCGUCAUGGCGUGCAGCGCGCUAUUGAUGAUGUUCACCACGCUCAAGCUGGUCCUCCACUCCACCACCACCACCAACUGACCAUCGUACACCGGCACACGCGCGACAUGGAACAAGUAGGAACCAACGUGUGUGAUCGCGAACACGUAACCGGUGUUUCUCUGCGAGUCGUUGACGAGCCUCGAGGUUGUGUCUCUAUAUGAGGAUUGCUUUCGGAGAAGGUUUCGGAGAGUCUUCUGGGUUAGACGGUUUAUUAAAGAUCCUUUUAGUUUCUUCGUUCGUGGGAUUGCUUUCGGAGGUUUCAGAGAGUCGUCUGUGUUGGACGGUUUAUUAACCCCUUGUCCUACGAGUGAGACUCGUGAAGAUUUUCAACAUGAUUUAACAAAUAUAUGUAUUAGUUAAUUCGAAUUCAAAGUAAAUGUUGUUCCUCUGUAAUCGACUGUUAUGCUUAAAAGGAAAUAUAGGUAUAAUAUAUGCUUAUGAUUUUUCUAUUUUUUACAUAAAUUAUUAAUGAUGAAGUAGCCGUGCCGAUCAGGGUUGAGAAAUAAAUCAUAGGCCAAGGGGUUGAAGAUGCUUUUAGUUUCUCCAUUCGAGGGAUUGAUGCUAGGCCUAACCUGAAUUUCAGUUUCAGAUAAACGAAUAAUUCUAAGUUAGACCUUUAUUCGUAUUUUGAAUCUAAAUCUCAAGUCUCCACUUAAACUUUAAAGGCAGCCUGUCUUCAACCCUCAAUUACACCUCGUUAAUAUCUAAUUCAGAUUCCGCCGAACAACCCACUUAGCCUUAAUUGUUUAAAAACCAUUUAGAUGCACUCCUAAUCAAUUUAACCGAAAGCAAACUCGACGUCUCGGGGAAAGGAACGUAUAAAAUCCCCGGAUGUUCCGAAUCGAUAGUCCGAGAUCUAAUCAAACUUUUCUCCAGAGCAAUCUCUCUCGGCUCGGAGACGUAACCCCGAGCUCGUUCGACGAUCUCCCACGCAGGACACGCAGGAGUAUGAAAGGAAUGACGCGGAGUAACGAACGACAACGCUGUGUGAUCAGUUCGAAAGAAACUCUAGACUGUGCCAAGACGAACGUUGUGUACGGGACUCCGGAAACAGGACCACGGAGCCACGCCGGGAGUCGUCGAACGCAUCCCGCAAAGGUGAGAGACGUUAUCGUGAUUACGUAAUACGUAGAACUAUGGGGGCGAGAUGGCGAGCGUCCGAUAAGCGGAGAGUAUCGCAGGCUGCGCCCGUAACCCGCGCCGGUAAUCAAACAUCCCGUUACAAGCUGGACCGAUUCUAUCUCUGUAAAUAGCGUAGGUACCGGGCGGCGUAUCGUCGAUCUGACGGGUGCUCGAGUAGCUACUUGGAAGGGCGCUCGCGUGAAUCAUGGGGAAUCGACGGUCGUCCGCUGGAAAAGACGCCGCGACUUUACUCGGGACCGUUUGAGCGAUUUCGACACUUUGACUGGCAAGUAAACAGUCGUUCGAGUUUUUACACGGUGGAAACAGUUGUCUCGAUGAAGGAGAAAUGAAACGGUUAAGAUUCCUCGUAAAGAUUGCUGUAGUAUCUCUCUUGUGUCCCAUAAAUGUAACAAAAUUUGGUUCCUAGUUUACGUUACUAGGGAAAUGAAUGUUCAAGUUUGUAUAAGAAUCGUGUCAUUUUUAUUUAGGUGACGUGGCAGUUAAAGCGUUAAUAGAGAAUCCUUCUUUAUUUGAGAGUGUUUGCGGUUGAUUGUUCGACUGCCAAUUUAACACUCAUCGAAACUAGCUACCUAGUUAAAACGGUUAUCUUAAUAAAUCAGAAAUGAAAAGAGAUUCUCCAUAAAGAUUACUCUAAUAUCUCUCUUACGUUUCAUAUAUGUAACAAAAUUCGGUUGAUCCUUACGUUACCUAGAAAAAGUAUCCUCAAGUUUACAUUAAAAAUCGUGUGAUCUAUAUUUACAUAGCAGUCAAAGCGUUAAUAGAGAUUCCCUCUUCAUCUGAGAGUGUUUGCGGUCGACGGUUCGACUGCCAAUUAAAACUAGCUACGUAGUCAAAACAGUCUCCAAUCUCCAUUAAGAUUGCUCUAAUAUCUUUCGUUUAUUUAAUAAAUGUAACAACAUUCGGUUGAUCUUUACGUUACCAUGAAAAAGAAUCUUCAAGUUUGCAUUAACCAGUUAACUGUGGAAUUUAGUUGGAAAAACCUCUCGUUCUGCACAAUAAAAUACAAAAAUGAAGCGUGUACUCAUCAAACGCAGAACGAAUGCACGUGGAGGAUAUUUUAAUGAAAGAUCAAAGCGAAACAAAGAAUUACAUGUUCAUGUGAGAAAAUAAAGAAUUCAUCGCUGAAAGAAUAUGUCAAGCUUUACGAUGACGAGUAUACUCGUCGAACACAGUCAACUGGUUAAUACCUCAGCUGCGAAGUAAACACUCGUCGAAACUUCUACGCAGUCGGAACAGUGUCCUUAAUAAAGUAGAAUUGAAACAGUCAAGAUCAUAACGAAGGCAAAAUUAAAAAUUCUGAUUUUCACCAGUUAACUGUGGAAUUCAGUUGGAAAAACCUCUCGUUCUACACAAUGAAAUACAAAAAUGAAGCGUGUACUUAUCCAAAGCAGAACGAAUAUUACGUAGAGUAUAUUUUAACGAAAUAUCAAAGCGAAACAAAGAAUUACACGUUUACGUGAAAAACUAAAGAAUUCAUUACUGAAAGAAUAUCACGUCAAGCAUUACGACGACGCGUACACUCGUGGAACACACUCAACUAAUUAAAAAUCGUGCGAUCUAUAUUUACGUGGCAGUCAAAGUGUUAAUAGAGACGCUCCGUCGGAACCCGGGGUCGCUCGGAACGAAAGGGGCGGGGGUCGAGGGUCGACGGUGGUGGCCAGACGAUAAAUUCGGCGUUCGGUAUCUCCGCGUUGCUCAAGCUGGCAAUUCCACGUGACGCCGCUGUAUUAACCGUUGUGAUAUGUGUGAACGUAAGCUAUGUGUACUCCCGCGAUAAUAGAACCGUAAUUGUGUAAUCUGUCUGCGACGAGUGGCGGGAUUAAUGGCGGCAAUCCCGCCGCGAGGACCCGGCCCGCCGAAAACUUUCCGCGGCGCUGCGCCUCUCCGUGAACGAUUACUUCAUACGGACCCGGUCGGUUAGUUAGCGCCGCGCUGAAAUUUGUUACGUUAAUAGCCGCGGAUGAGGGAUCGCGAGCGGCCGCCGCCGGACGGAUAACGGCCGGCGAGGAACCGCCCGCGGACGGAGCGGGACCGCGACCCCGCGCGCGGCAAGUUCGCCCGUUUCGAAAGCUAUUGGCCCGCUGCGCUGGAUUUAAUCCGGGACACGGCUGUACGGGGAACGAAUUGCUUGGCCGAAAUGUUGCUUUACGGUUUCUGUAAUCGCCUGCUUUGAAAUACGGCGGACUCGAUGACCGCUUGUUUAUUGGGGCCGAUUGCGCACGCUUAUACACGCGGAAUGUUUUCUUCGCGCUGCGAGCGGCGGAUUGUUAGAUACGUUAGACCUUUUAGUUUGCGAUCGACGAAUUGGUCGAUGGAAAUGCUUCGUGAUGUUUCGGUGAUUAGGAUGAUUGGUUUUGUUGAUUAUAGUUAUAGAAAUCAUUAGCACUGGUGGACAUUGUUAGACUCUUUAUUUCGGAAUUACCGGAGUAGUGUUUUUGUUGAGAUCGUGAGAUAGUUUGGGGAUGAUAAUAAAUUCGCGUUGAAUCUCGAAAGAUGCUCGUUGUUCGUGUGGAUCCUAUUAACACUAGAACUACCGAGCGUUUAAUACGAUUAACAUGCAAUUCCUAUUAAAAUUGUAAGAUUAUUUUCAGUUUCUUCAGACAUUCAUUAUAGCACUCAAG